UCUCUGUGCAGGUUUUGCCUUUAAGCAAACGCUGAGGGGUGCCCCCCGCGGGGUGGGACCUCUGCCAGACCCUUAUGUCACAUGCUGCUUAGUCUGAACCCAGAGAGUGACGACAAGUUUGCCAGCUCUGCUGGAUAUAGCCCGGUGUUGCUCGAGAGUGUUUAAGGGGGAGAGGUCAGAGAGAGGCAGGUCAGAGGUCACCUUGACCCACCCCCUCAAUUGCAGAUGAAGCAAUCCCCUCAAGGACUCAGGCCCUGGGCAGAGCAGAGGUCCUGGAUCUUUGGAGAAGGCAGGGUGUGCUAUCGCAGCCAGGGUGUGUGAUGAUGCAAGCGGGAGUUCCCAGCGCUGGGUUGCCUCCUGCCACGGCAGGUUCACUGCCUUCCCACCAGUUGUGCUGAGCUCGAGGGCCACCCAGAGGUGGGAGGGAGCUCCCGGGCAAGCCAGGGCUAGCAGCCGGGUGUCGUUGCCAGGGACUGGCUGGACGCGGGACCUCUGGCAGCGCCUGGAGGAGUUGGAGCAGGGACUGGGACGCUUUCUGAGAAACCAUGUGGUGGGCACAGCCCGGGGAGGGCGUGGGUGCCUGCUUACUCCACUCCCCAGCUUGUUCCCAACCCCGCGGUGCAGAGUGAAAGUGAAACGGAAAAGGGGCAGCUGCAGAGGUGGAGGUGGGGUGACCAGGCUACCCGCCCGCCUCAGGCUCGCAGCCGCCCCAGAGCUGAUCCCAGAGCGGCCACCCGCAGCGCGCGCGGAGCCCGGGGAACGGCGACAGUGGGCAGUGUCCCACCAUGGAGUUGGGGCCUCUGGAGGGCAGUUACCUGGAGCUUCUCAACAGCAAUGCUGACCCCUUGCAACUCUAUCACUUCUAUGACCAGAUGGAUCUGGCUGGAGAAGAAGAGAUCGAGCUCUACUCAGAACCUGACACGGACACCAUCAACUGUGACCAGUUCAGUAAACUGUUGUGUGAGAUGGAAGGUGAUGAAGAGACCAGAGAGGCUUAUGCCAAUAUCGCGGAACUGGACCAUUACGUGUUCCAGGACUCCCAGCUGGAGGGCCUGAGCAAAGACAUUUUCAUCGAGCACAUUGGACCAGAAGAAGUGGUCGGUGAGAGUUUGGAGGCACUGACAGAAGCAGGGCGGAAAAGUCAGAAAAGACCCUUCCCAGAGGAGCUGCCCACAGACUUGAAGCACAGGAAGCUAGCCGAGCCCCCACUUGUAGCCAUGGUGGCCAGCAGCUUCCUGGUGGGAUCAGGGAGUGACGCCUCAGCCCUGCCUUGCCUGCCGUUAUCGCCUCUUCUGUUCAACGAGAAGCUGCCACCAAGCCAGACCCGGCUGGAGGAGACUGUCCUGAGGCCCGUGCCCCCCUCCGAUUCCUUGGUUGGCUGCCUGAAUCUCCCUGCGGGACCCAUCCGGAUCAUUCCCACCCUCCCCGCACUGCCCCAGGGACUCUGGCAAAUCUCAGGGGCUGGGACCGGGGUCUCCAGUAUACUCAUCUACCACGGUGAGAUUCCCCCGGCCAGCCAAGUGCCCCCUUCCAGUGGCCCAGCUGUCCACAGCCUCCCGAGGUCCCCAGACCGGCCCGGCUCCACCAGCCCCUUCGCUCCGUCGGCAGCCGACCUGCCCAGCCUGCCGGAGCCUGCCCUGACCUCCCGUGCAGCCACAGCGGAGGAGGAAACUUCUCCUACCCAAUGCCCAGAGGCUCGCGAGGUCUCCAGCAAGGUUCCAAAGUGGCCUGAGGGGGUGGAGCGCUUCUGCAGCGCCCUCCGGGACAAGUACCUGGCCGAGCCCGCAGGCCUGGAUGGCUUCCUGGUGGAGGCGGAACUGGCGUGGGCACGACUGGAGAGGAGCGGCGGCAAGGGCCAGGAGAGGGAGCUGGCCACGCAGGACUGGGCGGAGCGGCAGCAGGUCCGCGGGGGCCUGGCGGAGGUGCUGCUGGCCGCCGGUGACCGGCGGCGGCGGCGCGAGACGCAGGUGAUCGCCGUGCUGGGCAAAGCGGGGCUGGGCAAGAGCUGCUGGGCCCGGGCCGUGAGCUGGGCCUGGGCCUGUGGGCAGCUGCCACAAUACGACUUCGUCUUCUACUUCCCCUGCCACUCCUUGGACCGUCUGGGGGACACCUGUCGUUUGCAAGAUCUGCUCUUCUCCCUGGGCCCACAGCCGCUGCCGGCCGACGACGAGGUCUUUGGCCACGUGGUGAGGCGGCCUGAGCGCCUUCUGCUCAUCCUGGAUGGCUUUGAGGAACUCGAGGCCCACGAGGGCCUCCUGCACAGUGGGUGCGGACCUGCGCCCACGGAACCCCACUCCCCCAGGGGGCUCCUGGCCGGCCUCUUCCAGAGGAAGCUACUCCGUGGCUGCACCCUGCUCCUCACGGCCCGGCCCCGGGGCCGCCUGGCUCAGAGCCUGGCCAAGGCUGACGUCCUGCUCGAGGUGGCUGGCUUCUCCGCUGAGCAGGCCGAGACCUAUGUGACCCGCUACUUUGGGCUUUCGGGGGCCACCGAGCAGGAAGAGAGAGCUGUGAAGCUGCUCCGAGGCCAGCCGUUUCUGCUCAGUCACAGCCACAGCCCCACUUUGUGCCGGGCCGUGUGCCAGCUCUGUGAGGCUCUCCUGGAGUCGGGGGAGGAGGCCGAGCUGCCCUCCACCCUCACGGGACUCUAUGUCGGCCUCCUAGGCCCGGCAGCCCGCGAUGGACCCCCCGGCGCCCUGAUGGGGCUGGCUAAGCUGGCCUGGGAGCUGGGCCGGAGGCACAAGAGCACCCUGCAGGAGGUCCAGCUCCCGUCGGCUGAGCUGGAGGCCUGGGCUGUGGCCAGGGGCCUGCUGAAGGCCUCCCUGGGGGCCCCCGUGGCGGAGCUGGCCUUCUCCAGCUUCCACCUGCAGUGCUUCCUGGGAGCUGUAUGGCUGGCUCUGAGCAGUGAAGUCAAGGACAAGGAGCUGCCGCAGUAUUUGGCCCUGACCCCGCGGAAGAAGAGGCCUUACGAUAACUGGCUGGAGGCCGUGCCCCGCUUUCUCGCCGGCCUGCUCUUCCAGCCUCGUGCCCGCUGCCUGGAGGUUCUGACCGGGCCGGUGGCGGCCACCUCGGUGGACAGGAAGCAGAAGGCGCUCACGCGCUACCUGAGGCGGCUGCAGCCCGGGACGCUGUGGGCAGGGCGGCUGCUGGAGCUGCUGCACUGUGCCCACGAGGCGGAGGACGCUGGGCUUUGGCAGCACGUGGUGCAGGGGCUCCCCGCCCGCCUCUCCUUCCGGGGAACCCGGCUCAUGCCGCCCGACGCCCAUGUGCUGGGCAGGGCCCUGGAAGCAGCAGGCCGUGACUUCUCCCUGGACCUCCGCAGUACAGGCAUCGACCCCCCUGGACUGGGGAGCCUCGUGGGGCUCAGUUGCGUCACUCAUUUCAGGGCUGCCCUGAGCGACACAGUGGGGCUGUGGGAGUCCCUGCAGCAGUGUGGGGAGGCCGAGCUACUCCGGGCGGCGGAGGAGAAGUUCAUCAUUGAGCCUUUCAAGGCCGAAUCUGUGAAGGAUGUGGCAGACCUGGCUAAUCUUGUGCAGAUCCAGAGGACUAGAAGCUCCUCAGAAGACCCAGCUGGGGUGCUCCCUGCUGUCCGAGCCCUUAAGAAGCUGGAGUUCGCGCUGGGCCCCGUCUCCGGUCCCCAGGCUUUCCCCAAGCUGGUGGCGAUCCUCACGGCUUUUUCCUCCCUACAGCACUUGGACCUGGACUCACUGAGCGAGAACAAGAUUGGGGACGAGGGUGUCGCCCAGCUCUCGGCCACCUUCCCUCAGCUGAAGGCCCUGGAGACACUCAACCUGUCCCAGAACAGCAUCACAGACGUGGGCGCCUGCAAGCUCGCUGAGGCCCUGCCAUCCCUGGCCGUGUCCCUCCUCAGGCUGAGCUUGUACAAUAACUGCAUCUGUGACGCGGGCGCCGAGAACCUGGCCCACGUGCUUCCCGACAUGGUGUCCCUCCGCGUGCUGGAUGUCCAGUACAACAAGUUCACGGCCGCUGGGGCCCAGCAGCUCGCCGCCAGCCUGAAGAAGUGUCCUCACGUGGAGACGCUGGCGAUGUGGACGCCCACCAUCCCCUUUGGUGUCCAGGAACACCUGCAGCAGCUGGACUCACGCAUCAGCUUGCGAUGAUGUUGGCUGUGCCCAGAUCAAGCACAUUAUGCAAGGACAUCGACCACUCCGGGCCUUGAACCGGCUAUUUGUGGACACAGCUCUUCUCCGGCUGUAUCCCAUGAGCCUCAGUGUUCUGGAACCCAGCCCUUGUCAGCUCCGGAUGCGCCCCGGCCCAGCUGCGGAGUGGACCUACGUGUUGCUCUGCUGACAGGCCCAGGCCCAGCUCCAAGACUCCUUUGGGGCCCAAGCUGGGGCCAGCUCAGCUGCAGCGGUCGCCUGUUUAGCUGCUCCAUGCCGUGGUGGGCAUGGGGGUGGACACCCAGUGGCAGCUGCCAUCCGCCCAGGACAGUCCGGACAGCUGUGCCAAGACAGAGCCAGUGCCAGCUGGGGAGAAAGCACUUCACCAACCAGAUGGGGAGUCCCCGGCCUGCUGAUUCUCUGUACCCCAACAGGCUGGGAAUCUGUGGCAGCUGUUUUCUGUCUGUGGGACAUGACUGUUUUGCACUAACUUUGUUGGGCAGAGGCCAAAGCUAGGCCUGGCCAGACACACUUGACCUUAGCGGGAAAACAGCGAAUGGCACACUAAUGGGGGAGAGGUGUGGGGACACAGACUGGAGCCCCAUCUACCUUUUGCCUUCGUUUCCCUUGUCUUUUUUCACUACAUUAUAAAUAUCUCAUGUACUCUCACA